AUGGUACUAACAAGAUCUUGGCCAAAAGGAUUAGGUGCAUCCAACACUAGGAAGUCAAAUUCAUAUUUGGGCUUAUUGUCAUGCUUUAGCAUAGUUCUAUCCUCCUCACUACCCUAACCAUUCUUUUCUCACCACUUUAUAUCAUUUUAUUUAUUUCUUAGAACCACUUACUGCAGCAAACUCUUGUCUUGUAAGAACACCUCAUGGCGCACAACAUGGAGGUCUACACAUCCUACUACUGUUGAGCGAAUCUUUCAACUUCAUGAACUCAAAGGUUCUUCCAGCUCAAUGCAAAUCAAAUGCCUUCUUCAAAUAUGAUGAGCGCACUAGAGUCUAUCUCCAGUAUUAUCACAUCCUUCAUGUCAUCCUCACCCCUUGUGCGAAUGAGAUCCCACUUAUGUAACCUCAGAAAGAGGUCAAACUUAUGUAACCACUCAAUCAAAUUUCUUCAUUUCAAAAAAAAAAAAAAAAAACUUAGUAGGCCACCAUAGUAUGCACACAUUGUAAAUUAUCUAGUUAGUGGUCAACUUUCAAAUAAAUGGAAUUAUAAUGUAAGAUUUUUUUUUUCAAAAAUAUUGAUCAAUUUAACUAGGAAAAACUUGAAUUAUUUCAUUUGGGAGUUAAUUACAUUUAUCAGAGAUGUGUGUCUAAAGAAGAACAAAGAAGUUUUUAAUUUUUGUCACUCUUCAUUUUGUGGUGGUUAUUAUUCUCCUAAAAUCAUAUUAAUGAAGGUAUUUCAAGCUGAAUUUUAUUGUCCAUCUUUGUUUAAAGAUUCAUAUGAAUAUGUUUAGCAAUAUUUGAGGUGUCAAGCUGCAAAUAAUAUAAACAAAAGAGAUUCCAUGUCUUUGCAAGCCAUCAUAGAGCUAGAGAUUUUUGAUUUAUAGAGAAUAGAUUUUAUGGGAUCAUUUCCUCUAUUGAUAGGAAAUGAAUAUGUAUUGAUGACAAUCAACUAUGUAUCUAGAUGGGUAGAGGCUAUCCUUACUAGGACUCAUGAUCGUAAUAUUGUCAUUAAAUUUUUAGAGCAAACUAUUUUCUCAUAGGUUGGAUGUCUUAAGGUAAUUUUGAGUGAUGGAUGGUCACACUUCAACAACUCAUAUUUCAAGAGUUUGUUGAAGAGAUAUGGAGUCCAGCACAAGAUGACCACUCCAUACCAUCCUCAAGCCAAUGGUCAAGUUGAGGUAUGCAAUAGGGAGAUUAUGAAAAUUCUCAAGAAGAUCAUUCAGCUAUAUGGGAAGGGCUAGGCAAACAAGUUUUCUGAAGUCCUAUGGCUUAUAGUACUGCCUAUAAGUGUCCUUUGGGGAUGUCUCCUUAUAGGCUUAUUGAUAAGUCUUCAUUAUCAUGAGUUAAUAAUUAGUAAAUAAUAUAGUUUUAGCCUGAACUCAUGAUAAAUAGACUUAUAUUUGUGUUAAAGCAUGAAAAGUGGUUUUUAGUUGAUUAACGUGAAUUUUUGGGUAAUUAUGUGAUUUUAUACGAUUUUUACAGUCUUAGUUUUGAGAUAAAUGAAGAACAAGAAAUAAAAAUAAAAAUAUUGCAAAAUUGGGGGACCCGCCAGCCAGCCGGGCCUGCAAACGGGUCGGAAGCGCAGUCGGGGAGUAGCCGCGGGCAGGGGCUCGAGCGGCUUGCUUGGAUCGAUAGGGGCACGUGUGCGCCACUCCCCUUCCACGUCACCCGUGGUCUGCCGGCUGUGGGGCAAGGAGUAGUCGUACACGCGAGAGGAUUUGCAUAGAAAGCUAACUUUACUAUAUAAUCGCCCGAAUAAUCCGCGCACAACCGAUGUGGGACUAAAUGGGCGGGCGACCGCCGCAGGUUUGAAUCCUCCCAGAGUCAAAAUUCAUAUAUUUUUAACUGAUUAUCGCGACUUUCCUGCAGAUCGCCGGUGAAGGAUUAAGCAACCGGAAUCGCUAGAUCAUUGGCGAAAAUCUCGUCAACGCGAUUCGCGGAGCAUUGCUACUAAAAUUUCUGAACGAUUCACGAUAAAAGGAUCGCAAUCCAUCGAGUAAAUCAUCUCCGAUUGAUCGACGAACAAGCCGUCGUCGGGAAGAGGACGAUCCGCCGGGAGACCAGUCGCCACCUCUUGAGAGCGUACUAGAUGCGAUGAAGAGCCUCCUCUUGCUGCGCGGACCUGAGGAUGAAGCUCCCUAACACGCGCCUCACCUCCAUCCAGCCCCUCUCCGUCGGGUGACAGCCGCCGGAGAGCCGCAAAGUCGCCGUUUUUCUGCUUCGCCGGGUGACAGCCGCCGAAGACGAUUCGACGACCCACUUCAUUGGUCUCUAGACUUCGCGAGAAGAUCUAGAGAUUGCCCACGUCGUCUUUGUCCAAGGAGAGCCUUCGAGGCCGUGGACACUGCACGACGACUGAUAAGUCUUCAUUAUCAUGAGUUAAUAAUUAGUAAAUAAUAUAGUUUUAGCCUUAACUCAUGAUAAAUAGACUUAUAUUUGUGUUAAAGCAUGAAAAGUGGUUUUCAGUUGAUUAACGUGAAUUUUUGGGUAAUUAUGUGAUUUUAUACGAUUUUUACAGUCUUAGUUUUGAGAUAAACGAAGAACAAGAAAUAAAAAUAAAAAUAUUGCAAAAUGAGGGAAUCCGCCGGCCAGCCGGGCCCGCCCGCAAGCGGGUCGGAAGCGCAGUCGGGGAGUAGCCGCGAGCGGGGGCUCAAGCGGCUUGCUUGGAUCGAUAGGGGCACGUGUGCGCCACUCCCCUUCCACGUCACCGGUGGUCAGCCGGCUGUGGGGCAAGGAGUGGUCGUACACGCGAGAGGAUUUUGCCUAUAACUUUACUAUAUAUUCGCCCAAAUAAUCUGCGCACAACCGAUGUGGGACUAAACCCGCGUCACACCUUGUUCAGGGGCAGGCGACCGCCGCGGGUUCGAAUCCUCCCAGAGUCAAAAUUCAUAUAUUUUUAACUGAUUAUCGCGACUUUCCUGCAGAUCGCCGGUGAAGGAUUAAGCAACCGGAAUCGCUGGAUCAUCGGCGAAAAUCUCGUCAACGCGAUUCGCGGAGCAUUGCUACUAAAAUUUCUGAACGAUUCGCGAUAAAAGGAUCGCAAUCUAUCGAGUAAAUCAUCUCCGAUUGAUCGACGAACAAGCCGUCGUCGGGAAGAGGACGAUCCGCCGGGAGACCAGUCGCCACCUCCUGAGAGCGUACCAGAUGCGAUGAAGAGCCUCCUCUUGCUGCGCGGACCUGAGGAUGAAGCUCCCUAACACACGCCUCACCUCCAUCCAGCCCCUCUCCGUCGGGUGACAGCCGCCGGAGAGCCGCAAAGUCGCCGUUUUUCCGCUCCGCCGGGUGACAGCCGCCGGAGACAAUACGACGACCCACUUCAUUGGUCUCUAGACUUCACGAGAAGAUCUAGAGAUUGCCCACGUCAUCUUUGUCCAAGGAGAGCCUUCGAGGCCGUGGACACUGUACGACGACCCUCCCGAACACUCAGGAUUCCGGUGCAUCGCCGACGCGUCGCCGUCGCAACGCCGGAACUCUGUUUUCCUGCUUUAUCUAGAGAUUGCCCACGUCGUCUUUGUCCAAGGAGAGCCUUCGAGGCCGUGGACACUGCACGACGACCCUCCCGAACGCUCAGGAUUCCGGUGCAUCGCCGACACGUCGCCGUCGCGACGCCGGAACUCUGUUUUCCUGCUUUCAAUUUAAUUUACGCUUCAUUUAGUGAUACUUUGUUGAUUUUUAUUUACCAAACUAUACUUCGUUCAAUUACGAUUCUUCCGGCUUUUACAGAUCUUAAUUUGAUUAAUUGAGUCGUCUGUAAUCGCCUACGUAAGAAUCGCCGGGCAGAACUGUGUUUCCGCCUGAUUCGCGUUCGCCGGGCGCUGACAUCAUCCUGACGUCCGCACCCUUAUUUCCUUUUUUUUCGUGAAUUUUAAAUAUAUUUCCUUUUUAUUUCCUAGUAUAAAAUUCGUAAGAAAAUCGUACUCAUUGAGAAAAAUUCUGAAUAAUUACCAGAUAUUAUAUUACAUCCCUGUGAUCGACCUGGAAAAUUACCGCUAUUUUUGGAAUUUUUAUUGAAUUAUAAUUGAUAUAUUUAUUUAGAAAUACUUCUAAAUAUCCGAAAAUUCGUAUUUUCUAGUUUUAUAAAUUUUAAAUUUGCGUGAUUUAACAUACAACGACUGAGUCACGUCAAAUUUUGGCGCCGUUGCCGGGGAUGUAUUGCAUAAUAUUUAGUAUUUUUCUGUUUUUCUCUUAGAGUACACAAAAAAAAAAAAAAAAAAACUUUACUCUUGUUUUAUUUUCUUUUUGCUGAUUUUUAUUAGAAAAAGGGAACGAAAAGAAGCACGGCAAGGACUGGAGCAUCCUGAAGGAGGGUAACAGUUACUAACUUUUUCCCUCGAAUUUAUUGAUUUUUAUGCAUGGUAGAAGAUCCUUGCAUCCAAGGCUAGAAAAUCCUUUCAUUAUUUCAUUCAAAAAGAAAAAUCUGAAAGAAAAAUUAAUUUUGAUGGAUCCUGAAGGAAGUACAGGUCAAACUGAGAACAAUCCUAUGGCCAUGAAAAAUCAUUAUAUCCCUGAUUCAUUUCAAAGAGCAUCUAAUAUUAGAGUCCCAUUAGCACCCACUGUUAAAUUCGAAAUAAAUCCAAGAAUUUUUCAAAUGCUCCCUAAUUUUCAUGGAUUGCCUUUAGAGGAACCUCAUCAGCACUUAGAAAAAUUUCAUAUGGUCUGUGAUUUAGUUAAUCUCCCUCAAGUUACACCAGAAAUUAUUAAGAUGAAAUUAUUCCCUCAUACACUUAGAGACAAAGCUAGCCAUUGGCUAUCCACAUUAGAUAGAAAAUUAACUAGCUGGAAAGAUAUAGAACAUGCCUUUCUUUGAAAAUUUUAUCCCUUAGGAAAAACUCAAAAUAUGAGAAAAUAUAUAUAGAGUUUUUCUCAAAGACCAGGAGAAACUUUGCAUGAGACAUGAGAAAAAUUCAAAGAUUUACUUAGAAAGUGUCCUCAUCAUGCUAUACCCAAGUGGCAACUCAAUAGAAUUUUUUAUGAUGGAUUAUUAGAACAACAUAGAAAUAUGGUCGAUUCUAUAUGUGGAGGAGCUUUUAUGGAGAAAACUCCUGAUGAGAUUUACAGUCUUUAUGAGAAUUUAAGUGAAAAUUCUAGAGAUCAAGCCUCUUUUGAAUUAUAUGACAAGGAAAUGAAGAGAGAAAUUUAUGAAUUGCAUCAUGAUGAUGAUUCUAAACUUAGAAAUGAGGUUAAUCAGAUUAAUCAAAGAUUAGAAAAAAUUGAUUUACUUAUUGAUAAUAUUAGAAAGCCUUUUAACCCUCAACUUAAUUCGAAUAGUACAUGUCCUAUGUAUGGUGAAAAUGAUUAUUCUGAACUUCAAUGUUAUAAUUUAGAUCAAUCAUUUCACCCUAUGCGAGAACAAGUGCAAGUAGCUCACAGUUUUAAUAGAAAUAGGGAAAAUUUUUCAAAUUCUUAUAAUCCUAAUUGGAGGAAUAAUUUUUCAUGGAGAGACCCAAAUAAUAUUCAAAAUCCAGAAGCACUUAGACCCAAUUCAAACUCUGAAUUUCGUCCAAAACAAGAAAAUAGAUUUCAGAAAAAUCAGCCCUCUCAAACCCAACCUGAUGCUAUGGAAAUGAUGCAGCAAAUGAGCCAAAUGAUGCAACAAACUAUGAAUCAAAUGAUGCAACAAACUAUGAAUCAAAUGAUGCUUCAUCAGAAACAAAUUAUAGAGGCUCUUGGGAAUAAGAGAGAAGAGGGACAGCUACCUAGUCAGCCCAUAGAAAAUUCAGAAAACUGUCCAACAGUAAGAUUUCAGCAAGAAGAGUCUAACUGGAUAAAUUUAGAAAAAAACCCACGAAAUGAAAAUGUUAGGACAGUGAAUACAUUGAGUGAGAAUAUUUUACCUGAUCCUUAUUUCCAAUUAUUAGAAGAAAUUGAUGAUCCAUUAGAAGUAAAUGAGGAUAUUAAGGGCAAAAAUAUAGUAGCAGAAAAUUUGAAUAAAAUCAUUUAUUGCUCACAAUUGAUGAAUGAAUAUAGUGAGGAUGAUGAGGAGAAAGAACCCUUAGAUGAAGAAACAGCGACUGAUCAUAGAAAAAUCAUCCAAAUUUCAGUAGAAGGGAGUAAGGACAGAAAUGAAGAAAAAUAUAUUUCAGGGGAGGAAAAAUCAAUUGAUUUGGGAGAUGUAGGAGACGAAAUUAAUGAAUCUAAUCAUAAUUUUGCAGCCAUGGAUGUUGAUUGUGAGGAUGAUGAUGUAUAUCAUAUACCAAAAUUAAAAGAUAGCUCUUGGGAAGAUGAAGAAUUUGAUGAGUUGAGAAACGAAAAGCUAGAAAAAGAAUUGAUUCAACUAAUGGGAACAAGCAAAAAUAAUAGAUGUGAAUAUAGAAAUAAUUUUGGAGGAGAAAAUUUGAAUUUUACUGAAUUCAUUAGAUCUGAGAUUAAAGAAGACAAUCCUUCCAUCCUUCAAAACCCACAGCCCAUUAAAAUUAUUUCUAAGCUUGAAAUAUUUCACUCCUCACAAAUUGAACAAAUAUGUAUGGAAGAUAAAAUGGAGCAGGGAAAGAUUAUGCAGAUAAAAUAAGACAUUAAGAAAUGGGUGAGUGGAAGAAUUAGAGAUACCAAUUUAGAUGAAAAAAUUUUAGAUUGGGCAAGAGCUAAUCUGAAAAUUAUACGGCCUGAUCACAUUUUAUGGUUUAUUAAUAGAAAGUAUUUAUUAAUGAAUGAGAGCCUAACAAAACAAGAUAGAAAUAAGGAAAGAUUCUUUUCAAAAUGGAAAUAUUAUUUUUGGGAAAAUUUUGUUAAUUUCCAUUUUGUUUUGGCUGAAAGUAUGUCAAGGUAUAUAUAUGAAGUAUAUGAAUUUAUGCUAAAUCUGAAAAAGAAUAUCAUAAAACUUACCUUGGGAUACAAAUAUAUUUUGAUGGCCAUAGAUCAGCUUAUAUGAUAUAAGAGCUGUCCAGCUGGAGACAUUAAAUUCAGCGCUGCAUGGGAGGCAACCCAUGGUUUUUAUUUCAUUUUUUAAGCUCUGUUUUUCUUAGAAUUUCGCAGUACUUGUUUCUGUAUUUGUUUUUCUUUCGAAAAAGUGCAGGAGUGUAAGAUGAAGUGGAAAAUUAAAAACGAGGUUGAGGUGAUGUCUUUCUGAGCUUCAUCAUUUAUGAAAAUAUUUUUAAUGUUUAACUUUGCAGAUAUGCAUGCUUCACUUGAAAAUUAUAUUUUCUGGAUAUUCUGUUUCGAGUUUUCUGUGUCAUUGAGGACAAUGUCAUUUUUAAGUUGGGGGGUGAAGUAUUCAUUAUUAAUUUAUGCUGUAGGACGAUUAAGAACAUGUGUUUGCAGUUUAUUCAACUUAGAACAGCAACUAAAAAAAUAAAAAUAAAAUAAAAUUCGGAAAAAUUGCAACAAUUUUCUGGUUUUCUGUCAGAAACAACAGACUGUCAAAAACAGCAGACAAAAAACAGCCCGAAAUUUGAAAUUCUAGAAGACCCUUUUCUCACAUUUCAAUCCCUUAGACAUAUAUUACUGAAAUUCGAAAUUACAGCUAUAAAGAAGAUAGUUUUGAUUUAUUUUUGACAAAUUUAUUGCUGCUAAAACUGAAAACAGAAAACAGAACUGUCAGAACUAUCUAAUUUACAAAUUCCUUACAUCAUAUUGCAUGCAUGAAAAAUUAAAUCAAUUAGAUUGAUUGAUACCAAAAGAUACUAGGAAGAUUAUUAUUGAAUCAAAAGAAUGAUCUAGUAGCAUGAAAUGUUGGAAUACUCCUUGGAUACAUGAUAGAUAACAUGGAUUUGAUUUUACAGAUUUUCACUUCAUGAUCUUGAUGGAUAAUAUUUACUUGAUGUGAAAAUUUGAUUGAUCAUUUGAGUUUAAUGGAGAUUUUUGCACCCUGAUCUAUAGGACUUGUGAGGAGAAAUCACUUAUUUCAAAAAAAAAAAAGAAAAAAAAAGAGAGAGCAAUGUGAAAAAUCUAGAAACGAAGAGUACACAUGGAGGGUGUGAGACAUCAUUCUCAUUGUCGAAAAUCGUGCAUAGAAAAACACUUGCUGAAAAAUAAGUGGAUAAAGUGAAAGCCCUGAAAAUGAAGAGUACACAUGGAGGGUGUGAGACAUCAUUCUUAUUGUCGAAGUUUGUCUACAGGAAAAGCUACUUAUCCACUAUAUAUAUAAAAAAAAAAAAGAAGGAAGAAAUAUAGUGCAAACUUCAAAAAUCAAGUCAUAGAAAAAGGGAAAUGUAAGAUCAAUAUUAUUCUUGGAUGAGUAUUGAUAAUUGGAACAUCUUGUAAAUACAUCUAUGAGUGAAGAAGUGAUAAAGAUGUGAAUAGAAGAAGUGAAGUCUAGAUUGUUAUUCCAAGGAGUGUUUAAACAUUUAAGUGCUUGACAUCAUUCUUAAAUACUUGAUAUAAGAAUCCAAAGUGUUUAAAGGUGCAUCAUUUCUAAUUGUAUUUCUUUUCUGUAUUGAAAUAUGAUGUUUGAGAUUUGUAAAUUUUUAUUUUCGUAAUUCCAUUGCUAAGGGACUAGAAAUGAUUUAAGUUGGGGGGUGUGAUAAGUCUUCAUUAUCAUGAGUUAAUAAUUAGUAAAUAAUAUAGUUUUAGCCUUAACUCAUGAUAAAUAGACUUAUAUUUGUGUUAAAGCAUGAAAAGUGGUUUUCAGUUGAUUAACGUGAAUUUUUGGGUAAUUAUGUGAUUUUAUACGAUUUUUACAGUCUUAGUUUUGAGAUAAAUGAAGAACAAGAAAUAAAAAUAAAAAUAUUGCAAAAUGGGGGGACUCGCCGGCCAGCCGGGCCCGCAAGCGGGUCGGAAGCGCAGUCAGGGAGUAGCCGCGAGCAGGGGCUCGAGCAGCUUGCUUGAAUCGAUAGGGGCACGUGUGCGCCACUCCCCUUCCACGUCACCGGUGGUCAGCCGGCUGUGGGGCAAGGAGUGGUCGUACACGAGAGAGGACUUUGCCUAGAAAGCUAACUUUACUAUAUAUUUGCCCGAAUAAUCUGCGUACAACCGAUGUGGGACUAAACCUUCAGGGGGGGCGACCGCCGCAGGUUGGAAUCCUCCCAGAGUCAAAAUUCAUAUAUUUUUAACUGAUUAUCACGACUUUCCUGCAGAUCGCCGGUGAAGGAUUAAGCAACCGGAAUCGCUGGAUCAUCGGCGAAAAUCUCGUCAACGCGAUUCGCGGAGCAUUGCUACUAAAAUUGUUGAACGAUUCGCGAUAAAAGGAUCGCAAUCCAUCGAGUAAAUCAUCUCCGAUUGAUCGACGAACAAGCCAUCGUCGGGAAGAGGACGAUCCGCCGGGAGACGAGUCGCCACCUCCUGAGAGCAUACCAGAUGCGAUGAAGAGCCUCCCCUUGCUGCGCGGACCUGAGGAUGAAGCUCCCUAACACGCGCCCCACCUCCAUCCAGCUCCUCUCUGUCGGGUGACAGCCGCCGGAGAGCCGCAAAGUCGCCGUUUUUCCGCUCCGCCGGGUGACAGCCGCCGGAGACGAUUCGACGACCCACUUCAUUGGUCUCUAGACUUCGCGAGAAGAUCUAGAAAUUGCCCACGUCGUCUUUGUCCAAGGAGAGCCUUCGAGGCCGUGGACACUGCACGACGAUCCUCCCGAACGCUCAGGAUUCCGGUGCAUCGCCGACGCAUCGCCGUCGCGACGCCGGAACUCUGUUUUCCUGCUUUAUCUAGAGAUUGCCCACGUCGUCUUUGUCCAAAGAGAGCCUUCGAGGCCGUGGACACUGCACGACGAUCCUCCCGAACGCUCAGGAUUCCGGUGCAUUGGCGACGCAUCGCCGUCGCGACGCCGGAACUCUGUUUUCCUGCUUUCAAUUUAAUUUACGCUUCAUUUAGUGAUACUUUGUUGAUUUUUAUUUACCAAACUAUACUUCGUUCAAUUACGAUUCUUCCGGCUUUUACAGAUCUUAAUUUGAUUAAUUGAGUCGUCUGUAAUCGCCUACGUAAGAAUCGCCGGGCGGAACUCUGUUUCCGCCUGAUUCGCGUUCGCUGGGCGCUGAUGCCAUCCUGACGUCCGCACCCUUAUUUCCUUUUCUUUUUGUGAAUUUUAAAUAUAUUUCCUUUUUAUUUCCUAGUAUAAAAUUCGUAAGAAAAUCGUACUCAUUGAGAAAAAUUCUGAAUAAUUACCAGAUAUUAUAUUACAUCCCUGUGAUCGAUCUGGAAAAUUACCGCUAUUUUUGGAAUUUUUAUUGAAUUAUAAUUGAUAUAUUUAUUUAGAAAUACUUCUAAAUAUCCGAAAAUUCGUAUUUUCUAGUUUUAUAAAUUUUAUAUUUGCGUGAUUUAACAUACAACGACUGAGUCACGUCAACGACCCUCCCGAACGCUCAGGAUUCCGGUGCAUCGCCGACGCGUCGCCGUCGCGACGCCGGAACUCUGUUUUCCUGCUUUAUCUAGAGAUUGCCCACGUCGUCUUUGUCCAAGGAGAGCCUUCGAGGCCGUGGACACUGCACGACGAUCCUCCCGAACGCUCAGGAUUCCGGUGCAUCGCCGACGCAUCACCGUCGCGACGCCGGAACUCUGUUUUCCUGCUUUCAAUUUAAUUUACGCUUCAUUUAGUGAUACUUUGUUGAUUUUAAUUUACUAAACUAUACUUCGUUCAAUUACGAUUCUUCCGGCUUUUACAGAUCUUAAUUUGAUUAAUUGAGUCGUCUGUAAUCACUUACGUAAGAAUCGCCGGGCGGAACUCUGUUUCCGCCUGAUUCGCGUUCGCCGGGCGCUGACGUCAUCCUGAUGUCCGCACCCUUAUUUCCUUUUUUUUCGUGAAUUUUAAAUAUAUUUCCUUUUUAUUUCCUAGUACAAAAUUCGUAAGAAAAUCGUACUCAUUGAGAAAAAUUCUGAAUAAUUACCAGAUAUUAUAUUACAUCCCUGUGAUCGACCUGGAAAAUUACCGCUAUUUUUGGAAUUUUUAUUGAAUUAUAAUUGAUAUAUUUAUUUAGAAAUACUUCUAAAUAUCUGAAAAUUCGUAUUUUCUAGUUUUAUAAAUUUUAUAUUUGCGUGAUUUAACAUACAACGACUGAGUCACGUCACUUAUAUAUGGAAAAACUUGUCAUCUUUUAGUUAAAAUUGAGCACAAGGCAUAUUGGGCUAUUAAAAAACUCAAUCUUUCAUUAGAUGAGGUUAGAAAGAAGAGGAUGCUUCAAUUUCAUGAGCUCCAAGAGUUAAGGAAUGAAGCAUUUGAGAAUUCAUUCAUCUUUAAAGAAAGGAUGGAAGCCUUCUAGGACAAGCAUAUCAAAAGGAAGGAAUUUCAUCCAAAUCAAAGACUAUGGUUAUACAAUUCUCGACUAAAACUCUUUUCAAGAAUGUUAAGGUCUAGAUGAGAUGGCCCCUUUAUGGUCCUUGAAGCUUAUGAAAAUAGGGCAAUUAAGGUUAUAAACCCUAAUAGUGGUAAAGAAUUCAUAGUGAAUGGUCAAUGGUUAAAACCAUAUAUAGAGUUUGAAUCUCAACCAUCUCCUACUUUAGAAGACUUUCAUGAUCCUUGACGUGACUCAGUCGUUGUAUAUUAAAUCACGCAAAUUUAAAAUUUAUAAAACUAGAAAAUACGAAUUUUCGGAUAUUUAGAAGUAUUUCAAAAUAAAUAUAUCAAUUAUAAUUCAAUACAAAUCCCAAAAAUAGUGGUAAUUUUCCAGGUCGAUCACAGGGAUGUAAUAUAAUAUCUGGUAAUUAUUCAGAAUUUUUCUCAAUGAGUACGAUUUUCUUACGAAUUUUAUACUAGGAAAUAAAAAGGAAAUAUAUUUAAAAUUCACAAAAAAAGAGGAAAUAAGGGUGCGGACGUCAGGAUGACGUCAGCGCCCGGCGAACGCGAAUCAGGCGGAAACAGAGUUCCGCCCGGUGAUUCUUAUGUAGGCGAUUACAGACGACUCAAUUAAUCAAAUUAAGAUCUGUGAAGGAUUACAGACGACGCAGGAAAACAGAGUUCCGGCGUCGCGACGGCGAUGCGUCGGCGAUGCACCGGAAUCCUGAGCGUUCGGGAGGAUCGUCGUGCAGUGUCCACGGCCUCGAAGGCUCUCCUUGGACAAAGACGACGUGGGCAAUCUCUAGAUAAAGCAGGAAAACAGAGUUCCGGCGUUGCGACGGCGACGCGUCGGCGAUGCACCGGAAUCCUGAGUGUUCGGGAGGGUCGUCGUACAGUGUCCACGGCCUCGAAGGCUCUCCUUGGACAAAGAUGACGUGGGCAAUCUCUAGAUCUUCUCGUGAAGUCUAGAGACCAAUGAAGUGGGUCGUCGUAUUGUCUCCGGCGGCUGUCACCCGGCGGAGCGGAAAAACGGCGACUUUGCGGCUCUCCGGCGGCUGUCACCCGACGGAGAGGGGCUGGAUGGAGGUGAGGCGUGUGUUAGGGAGCUUCAUCCUCAGGUCCGCGCAGCAAGAGGAGGCUCUUCAUCGCAUCUGGUACGCUCUCAAGAGGUGGCGACUGGUCUCCCGGCGGAUCGUCCUCUUCCCGACGACGGCUUGUUCGUCGAUCAAUCGGAGAUGAUUUACUCGAUGGAUUGCAAUCCUUUUAUCGCGAAUCGUUCAGAAAUUUUAGUAGCAAUGCUCCGCGAAUCGCGUUGACGAGAUUUUCGCCGAUGAUCUAGCGAUUCCGGUUGCUUAAUCCUUCACCGGCGAUCUGCAGGAAAGUCGCGAUAAUCAGUUAAAAAUAUAUGAAUUUUGACUCUGGGAGGAUUCGAACCUGCGGCGGUCGCCCGCCCCUGAAGGUUUAGUCCCACAUCGGUUGUACGCGGAUUAUUCGGGCAAAUAUAUAGUAAAGUUAGCUUUAUAGGCAAAGUCCUCUCGCGUGUACGACCACUCCUUGCCCCACAGCUGGUUGAUCACCGGUGACGUGGAAGGGGAGUGGCGCACACGUGCCCCUAUCGAUCCAAGCAAGCUGCUCGAGCCCCUGCUCGCGGCUACUCCCCGACUGCGCUUCCGACCCGCUUGCGGGCCCGGCUGGCCGGCGGGCCUCCCCAUUUUGCAAUAUUUUUAUUUUUAUUUCUUGUUCUUCGUUUAUCUCAAAACUAAGACUGUAAAAAUCGUAUAAAAUCACAUAAUUACCCAAAAAUUCACGUUAAUCAACUGAAAACCACUUUUCAUGCUUUAACACAAAUAUAAGUCUAUUUAUCAUGAGUUAAGGCUAAAACUAUAUUAUUUACUAAUUAUUAACUCAUGAUAAUGAAGACUUAUCACACCCCCCAACUUAAAUCAUUUCUAGUCCCUUAGCAAUGGAAUUACGAAAAUAAAAAUUUACAAAUCUCAAACAUCAUAUUUCAAUACAGAAAAGAAAUACAAUUAGAAAUGAUGCACCUUUAAACACUUUGGAUUCUUAUAUCAAGUAUUUAAGAAUGAUGUCAAGCACUUAAAUGUUUAAACACUCCUUGGAAUAACAAUCUAGACUUCACUUCUUCUAUUCACAUCUUUAUCACUUCUUCACUCAUAGAUGUAUUUACAAGAUGUUCCAAUUAUCAAUACUCAUCCAAGAAUAAUAUUGAUCUUACAUUUCCCUUUUUCUAUGACUUGAUUUUUGAAGUUUGCACUAUAUUUCUUCCUUCUUUUUUUUUUAUUUUUUUUAUAAAUAGUGGAUAAGUAGCUUUUCCUGUAGACAAAUUUCGACAAUAAGAAUGAUGUCUCACACCCUCCAUGUGUACUCUUCAUUUUCAGGGCUUUCACUUUAUCCACUUAUUUUUCAGCAAGUGUUUUUCUAUGCACGAUUUUCGACAAUGAGAAUGAUGUCUCACACCCUCCAUGUGUACUUUUCGUUUCUAGAUUUUUCACAUUGCUCUCUCUUUUUUUUUUUUUUUUUUUUUUUUUUCGAAAUAAGUGAUUUCUCCUCACAAGUCCUAUAGAUCAGGGUGCAAAAAUCUCCAUUAAACUCAAAUGAUCAAUCAAAUUUUCACAUCAAGAAAAUACUAUCCAUCAAGAUCAUGAAGUGAAAAUCUGCAAAAUCAAAUCCAUGUUAUCUAUCAUGUAUCCAAGGAGUAUUCCAACAUUUUAUGCUACUAGAUCAUUCUUUUGACUCAAUAAUAAUCUUCCUAGUAUCUUUUGGUAUCAAUCAAUCUAAUUGAUUUAAUUUUUCAUGCAUGUAAUAUGAUGUAAGGAAUUUGUAAAUUAGAUAGUUCUGACAAUUCCAUUUUCUAUUUUCAGUUCUAUUUUUAGCAGCAAUAAAUUUGUCAAAAAUAAAUCAAAACUAUCUUCUUUAUAGCUGUAAUUUCGAAUUUCAGUAAUAUAUAUCUAGGGGAUUGAAAUGUGAGAAAAGGGUCUUCUAGAAUUUCAAAUUUCGGGCUGUUUUUUGUCUGCUGUUUUUGACAGUCUGUUGUUUCUGACAGAAAACCAGAAAAUAGAUGUUGCAAUUUUUCCGAAUUUUAUUUUAUUUUUAUUUUUUUAGUUGCUGUUCUAAGUUGAAUAAAAUGCAAACACAUGUUCUUAAUCGUCCUACAGCAUAAAUUAAUAAUGAAUACUUCACCCCCCAACUUAAAAAUGACAUUGUCCUCAAUGACACAGAAAACUCGAAACAGAAUAUGCAGAAAAUAUAAUUUUCAAGUGAAGCAUGCAUAUCUGCAAAGUUAAGUAUUAAAAAUAUUUUCAUAAAUGAUGAAGCUCAGAAAGACAUCACCUCAACCUCGUUUUUACUUUUCCACUUCAUCUUACACUCCUCCUCCUGCACUUUUUCGAAAGAAAAACAAACACAGAAACAAGUACUGCGAAAUUCUAAGAAAAACAGAGAUCAAACAAAAUGAAAUAAAAACCAUGGGUUGCCUCCCAUGCAGCGCUGAAUUUAAUGUCUCCAGCUGGACUCCUUGAUCUUACUCUUGAAUUUCUUUUAAUAAUAAAAUUUCUUUUUCUGCAAGGCGUUCAUGUUCUAUGUAAUGUUUAAGCCGCUGUCCAUUUACCUUAAAGUUAUGAUCACUUUUAGGAUCUUUAAUCAUUACAGCCCCAUGAUCAAAUGUCUCUUCCACCACAUAAGGCCCUUUCCAUUUUGAUUUUAAUUUUCCUGGGAAUAAUUUCAGCCUAGAAUCAUAUAACCACACUUUUUGUCCAACAUCAAAUUUUUUUCUGCUAAUGUAUUUAUCAUGAAAAGUUUUAGUUUUUUCUUUAUAUAUUCUAUGAUUUUCAUAAGCUUCAUUCCUCAACUCCUCUAGUUCAUGUAACUGAAAAAUUCUAUGCCCACCAGCUGAUUUUUCAUCCAUACAUAAAUUUUUUAUAGCCCAUAAUGCUUUAUGCUUUAUUUCCACAGGAAGAUGACAUGGCUUUCCAAAAAUGAGACGAAAUGGGGACAUACCUAUGGGAUUUUUAUAAGCUGUUCUAUAAGCCCAUAAUGCAUCUUGUAAUUUCGUGGGCCAAUCUUUCCUAUCUGGUCUAACUAUUUUUCUCAAAAUUCUCUGAAUUUCCCUAUUUGCUACUUCAGCUUGCCCAUUUGUUUGGGGAUGAUAUGGAGUGGCUACUCUAUGGUGUACUCCAUUCUUUUUCAACAGUUCUCUGAAAUUUUUAUUUGUAAAAUGUGUUCCUCCAUCACUAAUAAUCACUCUAGGACAUCCAAAUCUCGAAAAAAUAUUUUCCUGCACAAAUUUCAUCACGAUUUUAUGAUCAUUAGUUCUAGUAGGAAUAGCUUCCACCCACUUCGACACAUAAUCAACAGCAAGCAAAAUAUAUUCAUAUUUUUCAGCUGAUGGGAAGGGACCCAUGAAAUCUAUUCCCCAUACAUCAAAAAUUUCGACUACUAACAUAUUACUCAUGGGCAUUUCAUCUUUUUUACUCAUGUUACUUAUAGAUUGGCAUGAAAUACAUGUUCUACUAAAUUCUAUAGAAUCUCUAAUGAUUGUAGGCCAAUAAAAACCACACUGGAAAAUUUUUGCAGCUGUUUUUCGUCCAGAGAAAUGUCCUCCACAGUUAGAUGAAUGACACAUGUUAAUAAUGCUAUGAUAUUCUUCUUCAGGAACACAUCUCCUUAAAAUUUGAUCAUUGCCCAAGUAAUAUAAAUCAGGAUCAUGCCAAAAAUAAUUUCUAAUCUUAGAAAAGAAAUAAUUUUUUCUGUUCUUAUCCCACUGUUCUGGAGUUUUUCCAGAAACCAGAAAAUUAACAAUAUGUGCAUACCAUGGUGAUGGUUGAUGUUGAGCUGCCAUCAAUUGUUCAUCUGGAAAUGCGUCUUGUAAAGGUGCUGCAUUUAUUCCUGUAUCACUUAAUCUAGAAAGAUGGUCAGCAACAACAUUCUCGAAACCCUUUUUAUCUUUUAUUUCUAAGUCAAAUUCUUGCAACAAUAAAAUCCAUCUUAAUAAACGUGGCUUUGCAUCUUUCUUAUUUAACAGAUAUUUUAAUGCUGCAUGAUCAGUAUAAAUAAUAAUUUUAGCUCCCAAAAUAUAUGAUCUAAACCUUUCUAACGAAAAUACUACAGCUAACAAUUCUUUUUCAGUCGUGGUAUAAUUUAAUUGAGCAUCAGAUAUAGUUUUACUAGCAUAUGAAAUUACUAUGGGUUUUGACUCUUUUGUUUGUCCUAGAACAUCCCCCACUGCAUAAUUCGAUGCGUCACACAUUAUUUCAAAGGGAAGGGACCAAUCAGGAGCUUGUAAAAUGGGUGCCUCAGUAAGUAAUCUUUUUAUUUCGGAAAAAGACUCAAAACAUUUCUCAUCAAAAUUAAAAGGCACAUCUUUAGAUAAUAGCAUGGUGAGAGGUUUAGAAAUUUUCGAAAAAUCUUGAAUAAAUUUUCUGUAAUAACCUGCAUGACCCAAGAAAGAUCUAAUCUGUUUUACUGAAUUCGGGGGUUUCAUUUUAGAUAUAAUAUCGAUUUUUGCUCUAUCCACCUCUAAACCCUUUUCACUCACAAUAUGACCCAACACAACUCCCUCUUUAACCAUAAAAUGUGAUUUCUCCCAACUCAAAACUAAUUUUUUCUCUAUGCAUUUCUCAAGUACAUGCUGUAAAUGAUUUAAGCAUUCAUCAAAUGAUUCACCAAAAACAGAAAAAUCGUCCAUAAAAAUUUCCAUGCAUUUUCCAAUCAUAUCAGAAAAAAUAGACAGCAUACAUCUUUGAAAUGUGGCUGGAGCAUUACACAGACCAAAAGGCAUGCGUUUAAAAGCAAAAGUACCAAAUGGACAAGUGAAAGUUGUUUUUUCUUGAUCUAAAGGGUUUAUAUAAAUUUGAUUAUAACCAGAGUAUCCAUCCAGAAAACAAAAAAAGUUUUUUCCAGCUAAUUUUUCUAAAAUUUGAUCAGUAAAUGGUAGGGGAAAAUGAUCUUUUCUAGUAACUGAAUUUAAUUUUCUAUAAUCAAUGCAAACUCUCCAACCGGUAGUUAGUCUUGUUUGUAUUUCCUCCCCAUUUUCGUUUUUUAUAACCGUGAUCCCUGAUUUUUUUGGCACUACUUGUGUAGGACUAACCCAUUUGCUAUCUGAAAUAGGGUAAAUAAUAUCAGCAGCCAGCCACUUUAAAAUUUCUUUUUUUACAAUUUCCAUCAUGUUAGGAUUUAAUCUUCGUUGUGGUUCCCUGCUAGUUCUAGCCCCCUCCUCUAAAUAUAUACUAUGCAUGCAUACUCUCAUAUCAAUGCCCCUUAGAUCGUCCAUUUUCCAGCCCAUAGCCUUCUUAUUUUUUCGAAGUACAUCUAAUAAUUCUUCUUCCUGUUCAUUACUCAAAUCAGCUGCAAUAAUAACAGGAAAUGAAUUAUUUUCCUCCAAAAACAUAUAUUUUAAACUAGAGGGGAGAGGUUUCAACUCUAAAUUCAGAUGAUCUUCCUCUUUCUUUUCUUCUAAAUUUAUAUUCUCUAUUUCCUCUAAUUCUUCCAGCACACAGUCAUCAAUAACAUCUGGAUCAUCAAAAUCAUCUAGAAGAUCUAUGGUAUGACAAUCAUAUACUUGGGAUUUCUUAAGAUCAUUUGAUACCUCAAAAAUUUUAAUUUCUACUGAUUGAUCUCCACAUGAAAUUUUCGCAAUACCUGUGGGAAAAUCAAUAUUCAUCUUUGCUGUAUGCAAAAAUGGUCUCCCUAGGAUGAUUGGUGUAUCAUAAAACUGUCCAUUAAAAUCCAUUUCCAGCACUACAAAAUCAGCUGGAAAUUUACACCCUUUAACUGUCACUAUCACAUUUUCUAAGAUACCUUUAGGAUGUUUUAUGGAUCUAUCAGCAAAUUGUAAGGUAACAGUAGAAGGUUUAAGAUCAGAAAUAUUAAAUUUAUCACAAAUACUUGCAGGUAAUAAAUUAAUACUAGCACCGGUGUCAAGUAAUGCAUUCUGAAAAAUGAAUCCACCAAUAUCACACGAAAUUAAAGGAGCACCUGUAUCUCUCAAUUUAAAUGGUAAUUGAUUUAAUAAUAACGCACUAGCAUGCAUAGAUAAUUUUUCUACUCUAGGUGCCCUUUUUGGUGUACACAUUUCUUUCAAAACUCUAGCAUAUUCAGGAAUAUGUUCAAUGGCAGUGAGUAAAGGAAGACUAAUUUGCACAUCUUGUAAAAUUUUCUUUAUUUCUUCAUUGUGUUCCUUUUUCUUUCUUUGUCUAGGCUCUAGAGCUUUAGGAAAUGGAAUGGUUGUCCUCUCUUUCGAAAUUUCUUUGGUAGAAUCUAUAAAAUCCUCUUCUACUCCUAUUUGAUUUUGUUUUGGGUUGUCCACAUUUUCUUUUUCUUCUAAUGUUUGGGGAUAAGGAUCAGGUAAGAUCUUACCACUCCUUAAUGCAUUCACUGUCCUAACAUUUUCAUUUCGUGGGUUUUUUCCUAGAUUCAUGCUACUAGACUCCCCAUGCUGAAAUCCUAUUGUUGGGCGGUUCCCUGGAUUUUCUAUGGGCUGACUAGGUAGCUGUCCCUCUUCUCUCUUAUUCCCAAGGGCCUCUAUAAUUUGUUUCUGGUGCUGCAUCAUUUGAUUCAUAGUUUGUUGCAUCAUUUGAUUCAUAGUUUGUUGCAUCAUUUGGCUCAUUUGCUGCAUCAUUUCCAUAGCAUCAGGUUGGGUUUGAGAGGGCUGAUUUUUCUGAAAUCUAUUUUCUUGUUUUGGACGAAAUUCAGAGUUUGAAUUGGGUCUAAGUGCUUCUGGAUUUUGAAUAUUAUUUGGAUCUCUCCAUGAAAAAUUAUUCCUCCAAUUAGGAUUAUAAGAAUUUGAAAAAUUUUCCCUAUUUCUAUUAAAACCGUGAGCUACUUGCACUUGUUCUCGCAUAGGGUGAAAUGAUUGAUCUAAAUUAUAACAUUGAAGUUCAGAAUAAUCAUUUUCACCAUACAUAGGACAUGUACUAUUCGAAUUAAGUUGAGGGUUAAAAGGCUUUCUAAUAUUGUCAAUAAGUAAAUCAAUUUUUUCUAAUCUUUGAUUAAUCUGAUUAACCUCAUUUCUAAGUUUAGAAUCAUCAUCAUGAUGCAAUUCAUAAAUUUCUCUCUUCAUUUCCUUGUCAUAUAAUUCAAAAGAGGCUUGAUCUCUAGAAUUUUCACUUAAAUUCUCAUAAAGACUGUAAAUCUCAUCAGGAGUUUUCUCCAUAAAAGCUCCUCCACAUAUAGAAUCAACCAUAUUUCUAUGUUGUUCUAAUAAUCCAUCAUAAAAAAUUCUAUUGAGUUGCCACUUGGGUAUAGCAUGAUGAGGACACUUUCUAAGUAAAUCCUUGAAUUUUUCCCAUGUCUCAUGCAAAGUUUCUCCUGGUCUUUGAGAAAAACUCCAUAUAUGUUUUCUCAUAUUUUGAGUUUUUCCUAAGGGAUAAAAUUUUCAAAGAAAGGCCUGUUCUAUAUCUUUCCAGCUAGUUAAUUCUCUAUCCAAUGUGGAUAGCCAAUGACUAGCUUUGUCCCUAAGUGUAUGAGGGAAUAAUUUCAUCUUAAUAAUUUCCGGUGUAACUUGAGGGAGAUUAACUAAAUCACAGACCAUAUGAAAUUUUUCUAAGUGCUGAUGAGGUUCCUCUAAAGGCAAUCCAUGAAAAUUAGGGAGCAUUUGAAAAAUUCCUGAAUUUAUUUCGAAUUUAACAGUGGGUGCUAAUGGGACUCUAAUAUUGGAUGCUCUUUGAAAUGAAUCAGGGAUAUAAUGAUUUUUCAUGGCCAUAGGAUUGUUCUCAGUUUGACCUGUACUUCCUUCAAGAUCCAUCAAAAUUAAUUUUUCUUUCGGAUUUUUCUUUUUGAAUGAAAUAAUGAAAGGAUUUUCUAGCCUUGGAUGCAAGGAUCUUCUACCAUGCAUAAAAAUCAAUAAAUUCGAGGGAAAAAGUUAGUAACUGUUACCCUCCUUCAGGAUGCUCCAGUCCUUGCCGUGCUUCUUUUCGUUCCCUUUUUCUAAUAAAAAUCAGCAAAAAGAAAAUAAAACAAGAGUAAAGUUUUUUUUUUUUUUUUUUUUUUUUGUGUACUCUAAGAGAAAAACAGAAAAAUACUAAAUAUUAUUCAAUACAUCCCCGGCAACGGCGCCAAAAUUUGACGUGACUCAGUCGUUGUAUAUUAAAUCACGCAAAUUUAAAAUUUAUAAAACUAGAAAAUACGAAUUUUUGGAUAUUUAGAAGUAUUUCAAAAUAAAUAUAUCAAUUAUAAUUCAAUACAAAUCCCAAAAAUAGUGGUAAUUUUCCAGGUCGAUCACAGGGAUGUAAUAUAAUAUCUGGUAAUUAUUCAGAAUUUUUCUCAAUGAGUACGAUUUUCUUACGAAUUUUAUACUAGGAAAUAAAAAGGAAAUAUAUUUAAAAUUCACAAAAAAAAAGAGGAAAUAAGGGUGCGGACGUCAGGAUGACGUCAGCGCCCGGCGAAUGCGAAUCAGGCGGAAACAGAGUUCCGCCCGGCGAUUCUUACGUAAGCGAUUACAGACGACUCAAUUAAUCAAAUUAAGAUCUGUAAAAGCCGGAAGAAUCGUAGUUGAAUGAAGUAUAGUUUGGUAAAUAAAAAUCAACAAAGUAUCACUAAAUGAAGCGUAAAUUAAAUUGAAAGCAGGAAAACAGAGUUCCGGCGUCGCGACGGCGACGCGUCGGCGAUGCACCGGAAUCCUGAGCGUUCGGGAGGGUCGUCGUGCAGUGUCCACGGCCUCGAAGGCUCUCCUUGGACAAAGACGACGUGGGCAAUCUCUAGAUAAAGCAGGAAAACAGAGUUCCCGUGUCGCGACGGCGACGCGUCGGCGAUGCACCGGAAUCCUGAGCGUUCGGGAGGGUCGUCGUGCAGUGUCCACGGCCUCGAAGGCUCUCCUUGGACAAAGACGACGUGAGCAAUCUCUAGAUCUUCUCGUGAAGUCUAGAGACCAAUGAAGUGGGUCGUCGAAUCGUCUCCGGCGGCUGUCACCCGGCGGAGCGGAAAAACGGCGACUUUGCGGCUCUUCGGCGGCUGUCACCUGACGGAGAGGAGCUGGAUGGAGGUGAGGCGCAUGUUAGGGAGCUUCAUCCUCAGGUCCGCGCAGCAAGAGGAGGCUCUUCAUCGCAUCUGGUACGCUCUCAGGAGGUGGCGACUGGUCUCCCGGCGGAUCGUCCUCUUCCCGACGACGGCUUGUUCGUCGAUCAAUCGGAGAUGAUUUACUCGAUGGAUUGCGGUCCUUUUAUCGCGAAUCGUUCAGAAAUUUUAGUAGCAAUGCUCCGCGAAUCGCGUUGACGAGAUUUUCGCCGAUGAUCCAGCGAUUCCGGUUGCUUAAUCCUUCACCGGCGAUCUGCAGGAAAGUCGCGAUAAUCAGUUAAAAAUAUAUGAAUUUUGACUCUGGGAGGAUUCGAACCCGCGGCGGUCGCCCGCCCCUGAACAAGGUGUGACGCGGGUUUAGUCCCACAUCGGUUGUGCGCGGAUUAUUCGGGCGAAUAUAUAGUAAAGUUAGUUUUGUAGGCAAAAUCCUCUCGCGUGUACGACCACUCCUUGCCCCACAGCCGGCUGACCACCGGUGACGUGGAAGGGGAGUGGCGCACACGUGCCCCCUAUCGAUCCAAGCAAGGUGCUCGAGCCCCUGCUCGCGGCUAAUCCCCGACUGCGCUUCCGACCCGCUUGCGGGCCCGGCUGGCCGGCGGGUCUCCCUAUUUUGCAAUAUUUUUAUUUUUAUUUCUUGUUCUUCGUUUAUCUCAAAACUAAGACUGUAAAAAUCGUAUAAAAUCACAUAAUUACCCAAAAAUUCACGUUAAUCAACUGAAAACCACUUUUCAUGCUUUAACACAAAUAUAAGUCUAUUUAUCAUGAGUUAAGGCUAAAACUAUAUUAUUUACUAAUUAUUAACUCAUGAUAAUGAAGACUUAUCAAUCCUCCUAAUGACCACUUUUAGAUCAUACUUUGAGCACUAGAACCAUUUAGUUAAUAGCUUCUUGUUUACUUCAUUUACUUUGUUUUGCUUUGUUGUUUUUAUUAUCUUAUUUUCCUAAAAGGCUACUUAAUAGCUCUAAGAUCUAAUAAUUAUUUUGAGGCUGUAAAGCUCACGUUAGCAUGUGAAGGACUUCAAGAUAGGGCUUCUUAAUCAAGACAUUAUCGAAGAGGAUCAAAUACACAUUUGAUUCAAAACCUACAACUCAACAUUUGACUAAGAUGAGAGCAAACCUAAUAAGGGGUUCACUAAAUCCUUCUUUUUUUAUCUUUUCAUCUUGUCUAAUAUUAGAUAUUAUUAUAAAUUGAGCAGAUUUUUCAAGAUACAAUGCUGAUCAAGUCAACCUCUUUGAGGCAUAAAGAGGGCAAAGUCAACAACAAGGGAGUUUAAUUAUCCAUUGUUUAUCCUCUGACUCUUUUUAUUUUUUCUUGUAUGAGGGACCAUACAUGCUUAAGUAGGGGGGAGGAUUGUUUAUUGAAUUUUUUAAAAAACAUUUACGAUCAUUUCAUUAAUAAUGAUGUCUUGCUUUGAAAAGAAAUCUUUUAAGAACCCCACCUUAGAUCAUUUGUUCACAUUAGGACAAGGAAGUUAGAUUUAGGAGUUAGACUCUUUGAGUGGAUCAUGCUCACACUUGAAUGGGAUGUAUAUCAAACAAUGGUUUAGACAAACCAAGAAAAAACUUGAAUAGUUAGUUACAUAGGUGGUAGGGAACAUAGUGGAGGGAGAAAGAAUUGAAAAAUCAGAAGGUAGAAGUACUAUCAUCUCGUGUGGAGACUUAGCCCUUUAAAGACAUUAUUCUCCUUCAUUUAGCCAAGAUCUUGCCUAGAUGUCCUAGAGUUCAUAAGUCACUAAGUUUCAUCUCAUUGAGGUACUAAGUAAGGAGAUCACCAAGUUCUGUCCAUAGAACUAUUUGUUCUUCUUUUUCUUGUUUUAUUUUCAUCUAUUCAUCCAUCCACACUAUGAGCCUUAAUCUCCUUCAGUCAACUAUUAUCCUCACAUCCAUCUUGACACUUUAUGUAAUUCACUAUCUUUUCUUGUUUUCUUCAUAUCUUCCCAUGACAUGUAUUUGUUUGCAUCAUCUCCAUAAUUAGGGUUUCUCAUGUUCUUCUCGUCUAUUGAUCCAAAUGUAUUGUAUAUUCCAUGCUUUUGUUUUUAAGCUGUUUGAAAAAAAAGAGAAAAAAGAGAAAAAAGAGAAAAAAGAGAAAAAAAAAUUAAAAAUUAAUAUAUAUAUAUAAAGAGAGUAAAAAAUAAAAUCAAGGAGGCAAUGUUAUUUGGGACCUUUUUGUCCUAUUUUCUUCCUCUUCUCUACUUAGUAGAUAUGGAGAUGCAUGCACUCCUCAUUUCACAGCUAGUACUUAAUAUCUACAUUGGGUAUCUAAUAUGAGUUCAUCCAUUAUGAGCAUCAUUUUUACUUUUAUCUUUAUUCAUCUCUACCAAGUUAUGUCAACCCACCAUUAUUCAAUUCAUCAUCACAUAGCUCUAGACCUAAUUCACUACCCAUAUCUUUUAUCCAUGGCCUUCAACCACCAUCAAUACUGUCUUUCACUUUCUCUUCAUUGUCAUACAUCUUUUCACAUUCUUCUGAAUUUUAUGCCCAUGAGUAGGAGGAGGUGCUCUUCUUGUAAUAGGCCAAGAGGUGAGCAUGAACUUAGUGUGAACUAUUAAGUAUCUAGGUAGCCACCAAAAAGAAAGAGAGUGCAUGAUUCUCUCAUUGAGAGCCUAUGUUACAACACGUAUUUGAAGGGUUAAGGUGAUAGUAUGAUACCUAGAGGAAAGUAAGUUCACAUCAACCUUGAUUAGUCACUCCUUUAUCCUCUAUGUACUCAAUCAAGUGGAUAGUGUCUAGAUUAAAGGGUGUGCAUGAUGCUUUAAACGCUUCACUUCCAUACUAUAUUAACGUAGGUGAAUGAAUGAUCUAAGAUUGGACAUAAAGAGACUAGCAAUAAUCUAAGUGGGUAUGAUGAUAUGCUAAAACUACUCUUUAAUUACCUUAAAGUGAAUAUAUUUUAAGAUCAAAUGUUUUAUUUUAGUAUGUUAUUAUUUAUAAAAUAGCUAAAUAAUAACUUUAUAAUGAUUCUAAGAAUUUUUCCUAAUUUAAAAAUAUUCUCAGAUUGUUUAUGACUUUGUUUUGAAUUUAUUUUGAUAUAUUUAAGUCAUGAAGAUAUUUAAGUGUUUAGGGAAAUAGAUAUAUUUUAUUUCACACAUUCUAGGGGCUUUUCUGUAAUUUUCUGUAGUGAACGACAUGUGUCAGCUACUAGAGUUUUAUUUGACAUGCCAUCAUAUGUAAUGUGGCGGCACCAUGAUUACUUAAUUCAUGAAUAUUUUAUUUAAGCUGCAAUUAUGUGGAAUGCAAGAACUUGAGGUAUCACACAUGGAAGGUGAGAAGAUGUUGACCUCUAGUCAAGAUUGUGCCUCUUAUUUCUGUGGUUAAGGACAUCUUGUCACUAAAAGUGACAGUUAAGAACAUCUCAUCACUAAAAGUGGUAAUUAAUAACGUCUUGUCACCAAAAGCAGUGGUUAAGCACAUCUUCUCACCAAAAGAGAUGAUUAUGUCUUUCCACCAAAAGUAGUGGUUAAGCAUGUCUUGUCACAAAAAGUGGCCGUUAAGCAUGUCUCCCACCAAAAGUGGCAGCUAAGCAUGUUCUCCCACGAAAAGUAGUAGUUAAGCACAAUCUCCCACCAAAAGUGGCAAUUAAGUAUGUCUCAUCACCGAAAAGUGAUAGUUAAGCACGUUCUCCCACCAAAAAUAGUAGUUAAGCACAUUCUCCCACCAAAACUAGUGGUUAAACACAUCUCAUCACCAAAAAGUGGUGGUUAAAUACAUCUUGUCACCAUAAGCAGUAGUUAAAGACAUCUCUUUUCAAUUGUCACCUUUCAGUAGUUCUUUUGAGGCGUGAUCUUCAAGACAUCCUCUUUACAUCCCCACAUUCGGAUCAAAUCAGCUUCAAGAAGAUGUAAAAAUGAAGGAGAGGAGCUAAAGGUAUUUUGAGAAAGGGCUAAGGGUAUUUUGAGAAAUUUUACUACUUAUAUGUAUCCCUUUCACCCUCUUUCUUUCUCAUCUUUUUGGAAGGAGCUCCAACAAUGGUUGGCCGAAGUGAAAUAAUUUCUAUUCUAAAGAUUCAUUCUUCUUCCCCUUUUGUAUAUUCUUGAGUGAUCAAGAGAAGCCUUAAGGGAAAAGUUGAGUGUUGGAGAUUGAGUUGUAAGAAGUAAAGUGCUGGAGAUCAACCUGUUGGAGUAAACUAUCUGACCUUGGUGAUAGAUAAAGGCCUAGGUUGAGCAAUCUUCUACUCAUAUUGAGUUGAGCAACCCCUAGGUCAACCCUAAUCUAGGGUUUUCUUCAUCACAUCUCAUUUCACUCAUAUUUCUCAUCUCCUACUCAUCUCUCAUCUCUCUUUCUCCUGUCCAUUUUCUAACCUAUUUCUUCUCAUUACUUAGGAUUUCUUAAGAUUAUUAAUUUUUCUCUUUGUGGUUCAACCCCUAUCUUACCCUCUCUACUUAUUAGAUUGAUUAGUAGUGGAAAUAUAUAUAGUUUUAGAUAACCUCACUUAGGACCUAUGACAUCCCAAGUCUUGAGUUAUCACCACAUAAUUAAAUUUGAGGAAAAAUUAGGCUGUUAAGGAGGAGAUACAAAUAUUAACAUUAUCCCCAACCACGACAUAGGGAAGCAUAGUAGGAUCUAGAGUAGAAGUAGGAAAACAAAUUAACAACUUGGAAGCCAAAGGUGAUAACUCUACAAGGGCGCCAAGAAGAAAAAAGGAUAAAAGAAACCCAAAAGGAUACAAUAGUAGAGAGGGAAAAAAAGAAAUUGAAGGGUGAUAAGUCUUCAUUAUCAUGAGUUAAUAAUUAGUAAAUAAUAUAGUUUUAGCCUUAACUCAUGAUAAAUAGACUUAUAUUUGUGUUAAAGCAUGAAAAGUGGUUUUCAGUUGAUUAACGUGAAUUUUUGGGUAAUUAUGUGAUUUUAUACGAUUUUUACAGUCUUAGUUUUGAGAUAAAUGAAGAACAAGAAAUAAAAAUAAAAAUAUUGCAAAAUGGAGGGAUCCGCCGGCCAGCCGGGCCCGCAAGCGGGUCGGAAGCGCAGUCGGGGAGUAGCCGCGAGCAGGGGCUCGAGCGGCUUGCUUAGAUCGAUAGGGGCACGUGUGCGCCACUCCCCUUCCACGUCACCGGUGUCAGCCGGCUGUGGGGCAAGGAGUGGUCGUACACGCGAGAGGACUUUGCCUAGAAAGCUAACUUUACUAUAUAUUCGCCGGAAUAAUCCGCGCACAACCGAUGUGGGACUAAAUCCACCUUGUUCAGCGGCGGGCGACCGCCGCGGAUUCGAAUCCUCCCAGAGUCAAAAUUCAUAUAUUUUUAACUGAUUAUCGCGACUUUCCUGCAGAUCGCCGGUGAAGGAUUAAGCAACCGGAAUCGCUGGAUCAUCGGCAAAAAUCUCGUCAACGCGAUUCGUGGAGCAUUGCUACUAAAAUUUCUGAACGAUUCGCGAUAAAAGGAUCGCAAUCCAUCGAGUAAAUCAUCUCCAAUUGAUCGGCGAACAAGCCGUCGUCGGGAAGAGGACGAUCCGCCGGGAGACCAGUCGCCACUUCCUGAGAGCGUACCAGAUGCGAUGAAGAGCCUCCUCUUGCUGUGCGGACCUGAGGAUGAAGCUCCCUAACACGCGCCUCACCUCCAUCCAGCCCCUCUCCAUCGGGUGACAGCCGUCGGAGAGCCGCAAAGUCGCCGUUUUUCCGCUCCGCCGGGUGACAGCCGCCGGAGACGAUUCGACGACCCACUUCAUUGGUCUCUAGACUUCGCGAGAAGAUCUAGAGAUUGCCCACGUCGUCUUUGUCCAAGGAGAGCCUUCGAGGCCGUGGACACUGCACGACGACCCUCCCGAAUGCUCAGGAUUCCGGUGCAUCGCCGACGCGUCGCCGUCGCGAUGCCGGAACUCUGUUUUCCUGCUUUAUCUAGAGAUUGCCCACAUCGUCUUUGUCCAAGGAGAGCCUUCGAGGCCGUGGACACUGCACGAUGACCCUCCCAAACGCUCAGGAUUCCGGUGCAUCGCCGACGCGUCGCUGUCGCGACGCCGGAACUCUGUUUUCCUGCUUUAUCUAGAGAUUGCCCACGUCGUCUUUGUCCAAGGAGAGCCUUCGAGGCCGUGGACACUGCACGACGACCCUCCCGAACGCUCAGGAUUCCGGUGCAUCGCCGACGCAUCGCCGUCGUGACGCCGGAACUCUGUUUUCCUGCUUUCAAUUUAAUUUACGCAUCAUUUAGUGAUACUUUGUUGAUUUUUAUUUACCAAACUAUACUUCGUUCAAUUACGAUUCUUCCGGCUUUUACAGAUCUUAAUUUGAUUAAUUGAGUCGUCUGUAAUCGCCUACGUAAGAAUCGCCGGGCGGAACUCUGUUUCCGCCUGAUUCGCGUUCGCCGGGAGCUGACGUCAUCCUGACGUCCGCACCCUUAUUUCCUCCUUUUUUUUUGUGAAUUUUAAAUAUAUUUCCUUUUUAUUUCCUAGUAUAAAAUUCGUAAGAAAAUCGUACCCAUUGAGAAAAAUUCUGAAUAAUUACCAGAUAUUAUAUUACAUCCCUGUGAUCGACCUGGAAAAUUACCACUAUUUUUGGGAUUUUUAUUGAAUUAUAAUUGAUAUAUUUAUUUUGUAAUACUUCUAAAUAUCCGAAAAUUCGUAUUUUCUAGUUUUAUAAAUUUUAAAUUUGCGUGAUUUAAUAUACAACGACUGAGUCACGUCAAAGGGCAACACAAUAGUUAUAUCAAGUAGGUCAAAGACAAAUGAGGUAUUGGAGAGAGAAGAUUCGGAUAACAUGAUAUUUUCAUACUAGAGGUGAACUACUAGGGGUAGGAGAAGGUUGUAUGACUAAAUGAUAGGAAGAUUUAGUUCACAUUGGAUACAAAUAUUUAGUUUUUUGAUUUAAAAUUGUAGAUGAAUAGGUAAUAUCUUCACCUAUAAUAGAAUUAGAAAGUUAAUUAACUAAUUUAAUAUAUAAAUAUUAGUUAUAAUAGAUCCCAUAAUAGAAAAUGAAAGAAUAGAAUAGAUCAAAAUAGAGAUAUGAAUGGAUAAAAUGUAAUACACUAUGCAAACAUAUUUGAACAUUUUAGAAAGAAAUAGUGGAGAAAAUUUUACCCAAGACCAUGAACAAUUCACCUCCUUAAAUUUGAAAAUCAAUAGAAUAGAUGACAAAUUUAUGAUUGUGUAUACCUCAUAUGAAGUAGAAGAAAAGAGAGCUUUGGGAGAUCCUUAUGGAAUACUCCUAAAGUUUCGAGUUACCAUGGGUGGUAGGAGGGGACAGGAACAUAAUAAGGAACCUUUCAGAGAAAGUGGGAGGGGCCACCCCAAGUAUACUAUUAAUUAAUAAAUUCAAUUAAUUUAAUGAAUUCAUACAAAAUACAAACUUAUGGAAUCAAAACAUGAGGGGAACAUAAUGCUUGGUGUAAUGGAGCCAAGAGGUGCAGCAAAAUAUACCAAAGAUUGUACAGAUGCCUAGUAAAUGUCAUUUCCUAUCAUCAUACCCAUUAGUAGUAAUUUACCUCUCAUUGCUCUUAAGUCGUUCUUAUUAAGAUCAUUAAUUUUAAAUUUAUAAAUUGAUUUUUGUAGGAAUAGUUUCUUCAUAAAUUAGUAGAAAACCAAGUCAAACAUAAGGAAAAUUUUGAAUUAGUUAAUGUAUAUUAAUUAAUAUUUAUAUUUUGAUAUGUUUACUCUUUAAAAUUCAAUAGCAAUGAACACAUAAAUUAUGAAGAGGAAAAAAUUCAUAAUUAGGUUAAUACAUGAUGGUUGGCAAAGAUGAUUCUUGAUAAGUCUUCAUUAUCAUGAAUUAAUAAUUAAUAAAUAAUAUAUUUUUAUCUUUAACUCAUGAUGAAUAGACAUAUUUAUAUUAAAUUAUAAAAAAAAGUUUUUAGUUGAUUAAUGUGAAUUUUUGGCUAAUUAUGUGAUUUUAUAUGAAUUUAUAUGAAUUUUUUUUUUGAGAUAAAUGAAAAAAAAGAAAAAAAAAAGGGGAGACCCACUAGCCAACUAGGCCCACAAGUAGGUCGGAAGCGUAGUCGUGGGGAGCUGCGAGUAGGGGCUCAAGCAACUAUGAACUGAUGGGAGCACAUGUGCGCCACUCCUUUUCCUUGUCACUAGUGGCCAAGUGACUGUGGGACAAAUAGUGGUCAUACACAUAGGAGAAAGGGACUCAUUACUUAAAAAUGUGAUAUUACUAUAUAUUCACCCAAAACUUUAAGGUAUGACCAAUGUGAAACUAAACCUACAUCAUAGCUUUCUCAAAAUAGUUAUAUUUAUUUUAAUACCUAAAAUAUUCCUUAGAGAUAUACCAUGAUGAUGUCACUUUAUAAGGGUAUUAAAGUACUUAUUUCAAAUUCUAUCCUAUAGGCAGAUGACUGGUGUAAGUUUGAAUCUUAUUAAAACUAAAAAGUUGUAUUUUUAUAUAAUUAAAUCAUGACUUUCCUAUAGAUUGUUGGUGAAGGAUUAAGUCACCAAAAUCACUUGAUCAUUGACGAAAAUCUAGCUGAUGCAAUUCACAGAGUAUUAUUACUAAAAUUACUAAAUGAUUCGUAGUAAAAGGAUCAUAAAUUCAUCGAGUAAAAGAUCUCCAAUUAAUCGACGAACAAGCUGUCGUCGAGAAGAUGAUGAUCUACUAAGAGAUGAGUCAUCACUUUUUGAGAGCAUACCAAAUACGAUGAAGAGUCUCCUCUUAUUAUGUGGACUUGAGGAUGAAACUCUUUAACACACGCCCCACCUCUAUUCACCUCCUCUCUUUCGAGUGACAAUCGUCGAAGAACUACAAAGUCACCAUUUUUCUACUCCACUAGGUUGCAGCCACUAGAGAUAAUCUGAUGACUUAUUUCAUUGCUCUCUGGACUUUGUAAGAAGAUCUAAAGAUUGCCCAUAUUAUCCUUAUCUAAAGAGAACCUUUGAGGCCAUAGACAUUACAUAACAAUCUUCUCAAACGCUUAGAAUUCUAAUGCAUCACGACGUAUUACCGCAUAACGUCAAAACUUUAUUUUUCUACUUUCAACUUAAUUUUUACUUUAUUUAGUGAUAAUUUGUGUGAUUUAAAUUUACUAACCUAUUUUUCAUUAAAAUAUGAUUCUUUCAAUUUUUACAAAUCAUAAUUUGAUCAAUUAAAUCAUUUGUAAUCACUUGUGUAAGAAUCACCAAGUGGAACUAUGUUUUCUACCUAAUUCAUGUUUGUCAAGUGGUGAGGUCAUCUUGACAUCUGCACCGUUAUUUUUCUUUUUCGUGAAUUUUAAAUAUAUUUUAAUUGUAUUUCUUAUCUAAAGUUCAUAAACAAUCGUAUUCUUUGAGAAAAAUUCUGAAAAAUUUCUCGAUAUUAUAUUAUAUCCCUAUUAUUGAACUUAAAUUUUUUCAUUAUUUUUAGAACUUUUUUUGAAUUAUAAUUGAUAUAUUUGUUCAGAAAUACUUCUAAAUAUCCAAAAAAUUAUAUUUUCUAAUUUUAUAAAUUUAAAAUUUAUGUGAUUUACUAUACAACAACUAAGUCACAUCAGUUAACUACUUCCUUUAAUGACAUUGACUAUUUAAAAUCGAUGAGGUAAAGGGGAAUAGAACUUCACGAAAUUUAGAUUGUAUUAACUAGGAUAUAAUAGAUUUGAUUACAUAGAAGUCUAGAAACAAAAAGAAAAUGAUUUCUCCCUCUUGUUUUGACAGAUGUGGGGAGAGAACAGUGGCCUCAUGUAGGGGCAUCUUUGAUUGAUCCCCUUCUUGCUGCGCUAAGGGAGAAGACCCAUGAUCGUUGCUGAUGCUAUCACCACUAGGAGGGGAAGGGAUGAGCUGGCCCACCUAUGGUGUGCUGCAGGUGAUGCCAAGGGAGAGAGGAGGAGCAGGCCAUCCCCAUGGUGAGAGAGGGAUGCACCAAGGGAGAAGGAGUAGGUCGUCCCAUUGGAAGAGAGGAAUGUGCAAAGGAAUGAAGGAAAGAAUGAGAAAACUGAUCGUGAAUGAGGGUCCCAGCUAGUGACCAGCCCUCUUUUGAACUUGUAUGCCCUAUUGUAGGCGUCCCCCUUAUGCCCCUCUUAAUCUGCAGAAAUAACAAGUCAAUUUUACAAUUUUACCUUUUUAUGUUCACUAAUUAUUUAAUAGUCCAUAUUGAAACUAAGACUAUAUGUAUGCUCAUUGACGUGACUUAGUCGUUGUAUAGUAAAUCACGUAAAUUUAAAAUUUAUAAAAUUAAAAAAUAUAAUUUUUUGAAUAUUUAGAAGUAUUUUUGAACAAAUAUAUCAAUUAUAAUUCAAUAAAACUUCCAAAAAUAGUGGUAAUUUUCUUGGUCGAUCAUAGGGAUGUAUCUAAUAUCAGGUAAUUAUUCAGAAUUUUCCUCAAAGAAUAUAAUAUUCUAUGAAUUUUAUACUAAAAAAUAAAAAGGAAAUAUAUAUAAAAUUUAUAAAAAAGGGAAAUAAAGGUGCAAAUGUCAUGAUGACAUCAGCACUCAGCGAAUGCAAAUUAGGUGAAAAAUGAGUUUUGCCUUGUGAUUCUUACAUAAGCAAUUAAAAAUAAUUUAAUUGAUCAAAUUAAGAUCUAUAAAAGCGAGAAGAAUCAUAAUUGAAUGAAGUAUAUGUUGGUAAAUUUAAAUCACUUGGAGAUACUUUACUUGAUAGAUUUGCAAUCUUUUUAUCAUGAAUCGUUCAGUAAUUUUAGUAAUAAUGCUCUGCAAAUCAUGUUGACGAGAUUUUCGCCGAUGAUCUAGUGAUUCUGGUUGCUUAAUCCUUCACUAGCGAUCUAUAGGAAAGUCGCGAUAAUCAGAUAAAAAAUAUGAAUUUUGGUUCUAGAAGGAUUCAAACCUGCACUGGUUGUCCACCCUUUCUAGGGAAGGUGACAUAGGUUUAGUCCCACAUUACUUGUAUGUUGAAUUUUCGGGUGAAUAUAUAGUAAUAUUACAUUUGAAAGCAAGUCCCUUUCUCGCGUGUAUACGACUACUCCUUGCUCCAUAGAUGGGUGGCCACUAGUGACAUGGAAGGGGAGUGGUGCACAUGUGCCCCUAUCAAUCUAA